GGAAGUUAAGUAGUCAAAGAAUUUCUUAUAAUCAGAGGAGUUAGGUGAGAGAUAUACAGCACAGAUAAAUUUAGUAUGAGAGUGGCUCUGUAGUCGUAGCCAGAUGGUAGAAAACUCGAAAGAUUCAAGAGCGUGGGCACGAGAGCAGGUUAAGUCAUUGCGCACAUAAACGCAGCAUCCAGCUUUGGAUCGAAAAUGAGGAUUGAGGAAGUAGGAGGGAACAGAAAAGGGGCUACUGUCAGUUGCCUCAGACACCUGAGUUUCAGUGAGGAAAAUGUGAGGUUUAGAAGAGGAGAGGUGGUGUUCUGCAGAUUAUAAAUUAUAUCUUAGACCGCGAAUGUUGCAGAAGUUAAUGAAGAAAAAGUUGAGUGGAGUGUGAAGACACAGGGUCGUCGACAGAAAGGCAGUCCGACCUGGGGACAUUUAUGGUUCCCUCCCCAGAUGGGGACUCCGAGGCUGGUGUAGGAGUCGCCAUGAUGAUUUUAAAAUUUUUUGAGUGAAGGGUGUGUGUGUUAUUAGGUGCUUGUAGUUUUGUGUGGAGGAAGAGAGUUGUCUUUAGAGGGCAGGCUGUGACUGCCCCCUUGUGUUGUAAGACACAAAGAGAAACGUUCAGUGAGGUUACAGCUGGGUUUAAUGAUAACUUCACAGCACCCCCUGAACAGUGCUUUAGACCUCACUGGGAGUAAUUAUCGUUUCGGCAGGUGUCUACUGCCUCCUAUCAACACCUGAGGCGCAGUGCACACCAAGAGCUACACCUGCAGGAACCAUCCAGCAUUCACGCCGGUGUUUUUUGUGCGCGCGUUCUGAAUUGCUCCUGGAAAAAAAAAAAAAAACACUCCAAUGGGACCUUGCUUCUCCUUGAACCCUGCACACUACGUCUAAGGGACUCCGUACAGCCUGGCUUAGUUUAUCGGCUAAAGGGAUGGUAAAUAAAGAAUACUGGUUGGGCCUUCGCUCAGCCUGGCUCAGUUUACCAGUGAAAGGGGUGAACACUAGAGAAUACUGGUUAAUUCUAGCAUUACGGAGGUGGACAGAGAAUAUGCUAGGAUGAGAGAAAACUGAAAGGAGGCAAGAAUUUCUUGGCAGUUUAGCACAAAGAAGAGAGACUAUAAUACGUAAUAUUACUGUUUCUCAUCCUUGGUUUAGCGGGAUGCUGUUGCUGGUGGUGAUGGUGGUGGUGGUGACCUAAGAGGGCCAUCUCACCCCUCCCUUGGUCAAAACAAGCCCAUUUGGCCUGUUUUGAAAUGCCAUGAAGGAAUAUGUAAAGAGCUGUAUGCUUCAUCACAAGAAGAAGAGGAAAUAGAGAAAAGUGAUAGGAAAAGGAGAGGAAGGAGGAGGGGAAAAGAACAGAAGGGAGAAAGGAAGAGGAGGAAGAAAAGAAGACGAAAAGUAGAAAAUAAGACGCGGAAAGUGACAGCCAGCUCACUAAGACAAUUAUAUUCCUUCGCCAUGCCAUCAGUUGAACCGCACCAGGAGGUGUUUGCCGCAGUGCAGAGGGGGGACCUGGGAUGGCUGGCGGAGUACUGGGGGAGGCAGGAGGUGAUGUGGAGGGACGUGAGGCACAGAAAGUCAGGCGACACUCCACUACACACUGCAGCAGCGAUGGGAGGCACAGAGGUGGUGACAUGGCUUCUGUUGCACGGAGGAGGUAGCUGCUUGGAGGCUCACAACUACGAUGGCAAGAGGCCCCUACACUCGGCAGCACAGGCCUCGCAUCUCCCUGUUGUUAAGACUCUGCUGGAUCAUGGAGCUGAAGUAGACCCACUGAAGCGUGCAGACUGGACCCCCCUCAUGUUAGCCUGCACCAAGAGAAGCCUGCCGGUCAUCCAAGCCUUAGUGCAGCACGGUGCCAACACUCGGCUCUUAAACAAGGAUGGAUGGUCCAGCCUGCACAUUGCCUGUAGGGAAGGUCAUGAGGAAGCUGUCAACUAUCUUCUGGAUGUGGAUGGUUCCCUCUGGCGCACCGUUAGCAAGAAUGGAAGGACACCACUGCACACUGCUGCACACCAUGGCCACACCACCACCGCCACAAUCCUCCUGACACGCGGGGAGUACCUGAGGGACGAGAAGGACUCCUGUGGGACUACCCCAUUAAUGGAGGCUCUCAGAAUGGGGCACCUGGACAUUGCUGACCUCCUCAUCUCGCGUCAUGGGGCGGAUCUUCGGGCAAGGGACAAGACAGGGCGUGCGGGGCUCCACCUGGCGGCCGAGGCGGGGCGUUUGGAGGUGGUCAGGAGCCUUGUGGAGCGUGGAGUGGAUUGCAGUGAAGUCUCGGAUCAAGGCCAGACAGCGCUGCACUGUGCCGCCAGGGAGGGCCACACUCACCUGGUGGAGGCACUGCUGCAGCUCGGCACUGACAUCAAUGCAAAGGACCACAACAACAGGACAGCAUUGUGGCUAGCCAGUGCAGGGAGGAGGAGGGAGUGUGCCAGCCUGCUCAGGAACCUCGGGGCCCUUGAUACAUCAGACUACACUGGCACCAAGCCCUCCUAUAUGCUGGCACCCUGAGGCACUACUACAACUACUACUAUUACUACGAUUGCUGGUGCUAGAGCUACUAUUGAUACUAUUGGGCUGGACUUUCACUCAUUGGGCUAUUUUUAAGUGCCUUGUGGUUUUAUUGGGCUAUUUUCCUCUUUCUAUUUUUCAUAUAUACUUUUCCUGCCCAAGACAAGGUUGUGAUACUGAAAUAUUGCUGGUAAAAAUUACUCAUUUAAUAAAAUGCUCGACUUUUAAA